CAGGAAGUAGCCGAACAAGACUCGCCAUCCACUAAUUACACUGCUGCUGCGAAGUUCUUCAUCAUGGCCUACCAGGCAGGGUUUCCCGAGGAGCCCAAUGCUUUGGUUCAAAACAUUAGCGCCAACAUCCAGAGGAUAACCCUGCUGACCUCCGAGCUGCAGAGGGCGCUGUCGCUUCUGGGAACGGAUCAGGACAGCGAACAGCUGCAACAGACACUGCAACAAAAGCAGCAGCAAGGUAACCAGCUCGCCAAAGAGACCGACCGUCUCAUCAAGGCAUUUAGCGCUCUUCCUGUUGGCGCUGACCAGCGGCAGAGAAAGAUUCAAAAAGACCGUUUGCUCAACGAUUUUUUGGCUGCAUUGAACAGCUUUCAAAAGACUCAGCGGGAGGCGGCCGAUAAAGAACGGCAGUUUGUGGCACGCGUUAGAGCCAGCUCUAAGGUGUCGGGAGGCCAGCCUGAAAGCUAUCAUGUCACUCCUUUUCCAAGUGACCUGCAGGUACAGGAUCAGGCCGAGGCAGUCAGUGAAGAUGAUCUGCGGUUGAUUCAGGAGAGAGAGAUGGCUAUUCAGCAGCUGGAGUCGGACAUCACUGACAUCAAUGACAUAUUCAAGGAUUUGGGAAUGAUGGUACACGAGCAGGGCGAAAUGAUUGACAGUAUAGAGGCCAACGUGGAGAGUGCAGAAGCGAACGUCCAGAGUGGCACGCAGCAACUAGCGCGCGCAGCCGACUAUCAGCGGAGAUCGCGGAAGAAGAUCUGCAUCCUGAUUAUAGUGUUGGUCGCGGUCGCCGUGAUCGUGGCGCUCAUCAUCUGGGGCGUCUCCCGGCAGUGAGGGUUCCUCUUCACCCUCCUUCAGACCCCGACGCGGUAUCCUGCUGCCAAGAAAUGUUAAAAGCUUGACCGCCACAUUGUUAGGUACACACACGCCAUUGUGCAAUAGCCAAUUUGACCCUUUUUGGGACACUCAUAAAGCACAUUGGCUGCUAUUGGCUGGACGUCUAACAGCCAGUCCUUCCAAUGAAUUCGACGUCUAUUGUUGUCAAUGGCAGGCAAUGAGUUAAACACUAUAAAAGAAAAACUAAUCCAAUUUGAUACAUGGAGGCCAUUUCCAGAGUUUUUUUUUUGUUUUGUUUUUUAACUCUUUUUAACCCUAUAUUGCCAAAUGUGUCACAUUUGAUACACCUAAAAUUUCAUGAUUUUGAGAGUACCGUAAUUUCCCGAAUAUAAGGCGCACCCGUGUAUAACGCGCACCCCAAAUUUACUUGUAAAAUUAUUGUACCCGUGGAUGAUGCGCACCCUAAUUUUAGCACUAAUAAAUAGAAGAAUACAUGGAAAACAGAGCUCGUGUACAGAUACAGAAAUGUCAUUUUACUAACUGGUGAAACACAGCACCAAUAUAGCAUAUUGGUAGUUCAAAACAUUACCGUAAACUGACAAUAUGUACGGUAAUAAUAUGAUCUGACAACUUCUUCAACUUACGAGAAUCCAGGAGAAAACAAAACUGAUGUGACUUUUCUUUUAAAGGCUGCUGUAUAACUUGCUCGUUUCAUCACGAUGAAUAAAUGUUUCUUCCAUGGAUUGAUACGGUAAAAUAAAAGUGAGGAUUUAAAUCGGAAAUCGGAAAGAACGCAUCGCUGUACACUAGACUGUAGGGCUGCAGCUAUCGAUUAUUUUAGUAGUCGAUUAAUCGAUAAACCAUUAGUUUGAAUAAUCUAGUAAUCGGAUAAGGAACAUGAAAAAUGAAAUUACCUGAGCUGAGCCUCAAACGGUGUAAAAAUAAAUAAAUGAGGAUCUAUGUACAACAAAAGAACAAUUGGCUAACUUACAUCGCAAAAGUCCGCUAGUUUAGACUUUUUUACAGUGUUUUUAACAAAUGGUUCAGACACAUAUUCCCACAAAAAUAUGCAAAUUGCUUCAUGUUGCAGGGUUAAUUCAUUUUCCAUUUAAAUAAUACAUACAAAAAGAAUGAUUAAUAAUACAAAAAAAAUAUAUAUAUAUAUUAUAAUGGAGACCUGACGUCCACUUAUAUGGACAUCGUUUUGGGUCAUGUUGGCGGCACUUUUAUAACAAAUGUUAAUAUUUUUGCCUACAUGCCUACCCAAAAUGUCCACAUAUUAUAAUGUUGAUGUCCACAUAUGUGAACGCCAUGUCUUAAUGAGUUUUUUUUUUUUUUUUUUUUUUUGGGUGUGGUUUUUAAUGACUAAAAACAGUCACUUGCCCUAUAAAGAGUUAAUAAAAGCUAAGGUUUAAACUGGAAUGGCACCCAGAUGACAAUAAACGUGACAUAUGUGGUUUACUCCAGUCCAGUAGGUGGUGGUGAUGAGCAGUGCCAUACAAAGCAAGCUCCAACGCAAGCAGGCUGCUUUUACACCUUCACACGUGAAUAUCAAUCUAUAAAAAACAUUGAGCAGUGUGUCAAACAUUUACAUUUAUUUUAGCACCGUAGUUUUACUGAACAGUUUAAUUAAACUCACAUCAAAAUAUUAUUUUUUUGUUUAUGAUUUUGAUUGUAGCUUGCAGCUAACAAAAAACUGCGUUUGUCAACUCAAGAAAUGAAAAUGUUACAAUCAAAGAGCUUUUUUUUUAGAAAUUACUUUAGUAUUUUAUUAAUAAUGUAAUUCAUAAUAGUACUGUACAUUUUUCCUUUGGGUUUUUUGAAUAUUAUGUCAAGGCUUCAGACUGCCAUUAAAGCAAAACUAGGUAACUUUUCAACGUUUAUAAAAAAAUGUCAUAACAUUAGUGAUAAUAUGUCGACUGACAACCAGUUGAAUGAGACCUCUUUUAUCUCUUGAGGGGGUCUGUAACGCUUUCACCGUCACUAAUUAACUUCUUGUAUAAAUCGUAAAAAGCCCAGCCCGACACUCUACCCGUUCGUCUCCCUCAUGCACGCUGGACAGCGGCCAAAAAAAAUACUCUCACGCUGCUUGUUCUGAUUUCAUUCAUUUAAUCCAACAAAAAACUGCUCCACCGAGCGACAUCCAAAAACGUAAGCAAAAGAGCAAAUGAGUUGCAAAAACGGAGAGAGUAAAGGGAGAGAGAUUAAUCCAGAGAGGGGUCGAAGAACUGUGCAGCUCUUUCUGGCUUAUGCCUAGCAGCUACUUCUUCCUAUACAGUAUAUCGUCAAACGUGACAUCAAAAACUAGUUUCACGAAAUCAAAUAAACAAAUCACUAUUUACAUGAAUAAUUAACCAAACCAUUAUUUAGGCUCCAACAUAGGGUGGCAGGAUCUCUUCCACACAAAAAAAACUACAAAUGUGCUGACUGCUUUACGGCGUGCGUCACUUCCCCAUUUCCCAAUUCCUUAUAAAGACGGAAGUCUAACGCUUUCGUGCGAAACCAGCAAAGAUGGCAGAGCAGCAAAAGAGACAAAAAGUUUUGUCUGAGGAGGAAAAAUGAAGGGAGACUACCAGGAUAUAUAGAAUAAACAUUGGCCAGGCUUUCACUCGCUUGCGUGACGCCGAGUUCGGAAGGGGAGGGGGUUUAGCCACACUAAGCCACACAGUUGCUAACAAUCAUGUGCUAUUGUUUAGCCCCAGUAGAUUUAUUACCUUAUUACUUUUCAUCCUUCACACAGCCACUGGAGACAGAAAUGUUGUUUAAUCCACCUGCAGGCGACCAUCGUGAUUUUACAACACUGUGCAGGUGUGCGCUGGUCCUCGUGGGAAACGCUUCCUUAAAGGGAUCCACGGAUUGAAAGACUUGUAGUUCUUAAAAGAUAAACAUUAUCAUGAGUUAAAAUAAUUUGAUAUCAAAACGCCUCGUGAUGUUUUCGUUUUUAUACAAUUUGUAAAAAUAGUUAAACUAGGAGGUCGCCAUUGUUGUUGACGUCGCAGGGCGGUGAUGUCACUGGGUUACGCUGCCGUGCUUCCAAAUAUGACUGUAGCGACAUAAACACGUCAUCUGUUCAACCCUUUCAAUUUAAACCCAAGAAGAAGUUUAAUGAGCAUGACAGAUUUCACAAAAUGAGCAGCAAAAGCAAAAUGAACAGGAAAGACGGGAUGAGGCGAGACGAGAGUAAGACAAAACAGUGUUCGGCCAAAAUUUGCUACACUGGCGAAACUGUGGCGAAUUUGACACCCAAAGUACUACCGUGCGCUUGCAGCUUGGUUUAUUUAGAUUCAUACAGACUGAACAUACUAAAGAUUCCUUAAGAAAAUACUUAAACGUCGUAAUAUCAAAUAAGGGUGGUUUAAAUAAACUACGUGACUAAUGUGAUCAACAGAUCAAUUAUCUGUUCUAAAGCUACAACAAGAAAACAAUGCUUAAAAAUAUGAAAGGGAAACACAUUCAAAAACUGUUUUGUGGCAAUGAAAAGGUAAUAAAAGACACAAUAAAAACACAAAUAGUACCGUAUUUUUCGGACUAUAAGUCGUACCUGGGUAUAAGUCACAACAGCCAUAAAAUGCCAACGAAGAGGAAAAAAACAUAAGUCGCACUGGAGUAUAAGUUGAGUUUUGGGGGGAAAUUUACUUGAUAAAAUACAACACAUAGAACAGAUAUGUCAUCUUGAAAGGCAAUUUAAAAUAAAAAUACAAAAGAGAACAACAUGCUGAAUAUGUGUACAGUAUGAUAAUGUUACAUGAUGCAUGAACAACGAAAUGUGAACGUGGUAUGUUAAGGUAUAGUGGCUAUGAAGAGUUAUUCAGAUAACUAUAGCAUAAAUAGCAUGCUAACAAACCAUCAGUGUCACUCCAAAACACCAAAAUAACAUGUAAAAUGAUAUAAUAAUGUGUUAAUAAUUUCACACAUAAGUCGCUCCUGAGUGUAAGUCGCACCCCGAGCCAAACUAUGGAAAAAAAAAAAAAAAAAAAAACUGCGACUUGUAGUCCAAAAAAUACGGUAAGUACUCGCCGCUUUUCACUGAUGUGCACAUGUUUUGGACGUCUCGCCGCGUAGAAGAAAUUGCAGAAGACCGGUAGUGUUCGUGUGAGUGACAAACUAUGUAAUCACCCCCAGCGUCCAUUGCAAGCAUAAAACAUGGCCCCCUCCGUAGGUCAAAUCAUAUACUAAAUAUUGUAGAUUUUUAAAUCAAUGGCAAUAUUUUAUGUGUUUCUAAUAUCAUUCAUUCAUUUUCUGAGCCGCUUAUCUUCACGAGGGUCGCGGAGGUGCUAGGGCCUAUCCCAGCUAAGUAUGGGCAGUAGGCAGGGUACAACCUGGAUCAGUUGCCAGCCAAUCGCAGGGCACGAGGAGAAGAGCAAUAGUAAAAGAGAAAAAUUGUGGCUUAUUAGAGCCUACAAGUCUUUAAGUCCGAUGUUCCAUUUAAUAUACAUAAUACUACCGCUUUUGUCCACCGGCGUCGUUAAAAUCAACUAAAACGGAAGUUACCAAGUGUUGCUUUAAAUUUUGGAAUUUUGCCCAUAAAUGUUGACACGUUAGUACAUUUACUUGUGCCUGUGCAACUAGAACAUUAGCUGACUCAAAAAUAUAUACUAUUUAUAUUCAUUGUAUGUGUUAUUUGAUGUAAUUUGUUUAUCCUUGGUUUUAUACAAAGCUCAGUUGUUCACAAUAUUGCAAAAAUGAGCUGCUAAUCUAAGUAAUGUAGUGAAAAGGAGUACAAAUGUCACGAAUCAAUUUGCUUUACGUGCCUGACAAUAUUCUGAUUCAAAUUUCGGGGUGACUCUACUCCAAAUAUAGGUUAGUCUGAAGCCUGGUAUGUAAGUUUUACUCUUGUAAUCUUUUGCCUUAUUCUAAUGAAGGUACACAACUGCACAUAUUGUUCAAUGAUUACCUCACUGACUGCAUUGUUCGUAGAGUAUAAGGUCGUGCAGAUGUACCUAAUGUUGUGGCCAACCGUUGUACCUGCCAGCCAAACUUCACAGUUGGUGCAGAUAUUCCACAAAUCAGCCAAGCUUGGCCGAUUCCAGAGCACUGUUCUUUGUACAAUAUUAUUAUAUUUUUCAAAUUUAGCCUAGCAUGUGCUUUUAUGUCCAAAUGACUUUAAAAACUAAUAUUCAGAUAAACACAAGUUGCUUUUUCUUAUUGGUAUGAAGGAAGCUAAAAGCAAUUAGCCGUGAAAGCUAAGCUAACUAAUCGAUAAGACCGAUCAAACCGUACGUUUGUUAUUGUUUUGUUACUGUCAAUGACCGUUUUGCUGCCUCUCAUCUUAUUUUAAUAAAUGCACCUUAUCACAGUGACAUGACUCAUUUUUGGAG